GAAAAUACCUAGCGAAGACACCGAUUGGAAUGAGUGGAACGCUGAAUGUCACGACCACAUGCUAAUCACAGUAGAGGAAUAUGACGCCAGGCCAUUAUCAUUUUUGCAGUCAAGGCGUGUAAAACAAUCACAUUUCCGAACGACAAUAAGAAGUCUUUUUAAAGCUAAAAUAAGUGGAAUUUAUUAUUAAUAAACGUAAAAUGUAACAUGGUGUUAGAAGUGGAAGUAACAUCCUCAUUGGGCGAAAAAGUAACAAUUGUGAUUCUCGGAAUAUAAGCGGAUUUUGCAAAGAAAAUUCAUCAUUCUCGGAAAUAGCGGCGUGCAUGUUCAAACGGGAAGUAACUCCUUGGAUUGUGUUAAGUAAUUGGAUUUGGAGUAAAGUUAUCGGAUUGAGGCAACGAAGUUAAUUUCUGCGGGUUAGUUAAUUGGAGUGACAACUUUUAGCCGGGCGUAAUAUCUGAAUAUACCACAAACUCACAAAAUGGCUGACGAAUGUCAAAAUCGCACACCACAAGUACAAAUAUUGCAACAGAGUGGCCAAAAUGGAAGCAACAAUUCACAGUUUGGAUGAUCGCUAAUGGAAAAAUGGGCAGACCGGAUAACGAGAAAAUAGCAAUAUUCAUUUGGCUACUGGGUGAACAAGGAAUUGCUAUUUAUAACACUUUGUAUCCAAAUGAUGGGGCAGAAAAGUCAAUGCUUGGAAUUGAUAUGUCGGCACCAACAGAGGAAACCCCAGACGCGGUUCAGCAACGCACGUUAAAUGAGGUAAUGAAAUCAUUUGAUGAGUUUUGUGUGCCAAGAAAAAAUAUUGCGAUGGAGUCCUACAAAUUUAAUAUGAUUUCACAAAAAGAAAGACAAUCGUUCACCGAGUUUGAGACUGAGUUGCGCAAACAGAUUCAAUAUUGUGAGUUCAAAAGUGAUUGUGGUAAACGAUAUGAAGACAGAAUGUUACGUGAUCGCAUCAUUGUGGGAGUUCAUGACAAAAAAUUACAAUUAAAAUUAUUGGAUGGUCGUGAUGAGACAUUGGCCAAAGUCGUUGAUACGUGUAAGGUGUUUGAAGCACUAACCAACACAAGCAAAUGUUAGAUACAAAGCAACAAGUGGCAACCAUUGCAGAGGAAGGAAAACCGCAUGUAAACGCGAUUAGCCAAACGAAACGUUUCUGCUUCAAUUGUGGACAAUCAUGGGAUGCUCAACACAAAAUGGUUUGCAAAGCAAAAGAGAUUGCAUGUCGGAUUUGUACAAAACAGGGGCAUUUCGCCAGCAUGUGUCGCCAAAAAGGAAAGAAUCCACAGCAAAAAGGAGCUCAGCACAAUGCAAAACCAACAAUCAGCAGCUUGCCGUGGGGUGACAUAGCAGGUAAAGUAGCUUGUUGUGGUAACAGUAUUAGAA